GAGUAUAAUCAGUUACCAUGACGACAGGCACCACGUGGACGCUCUUGACAGGUCGCCUCAGUCUGUGCUGUAGUCUUGUCAUUGUCACAUGCUAGUUAUUCUGCCACGUCACUUCCAUCACUACAACUAUUUCAACGUACAGUCUUCGGAAACAUGAAGGUGGUGGGGCUCAUCUGGGUUGUCCUAGCCCUGGUCAGCUGUGCACUGGGUUCUGUGCCAUUUUUAAUUGAUAAUAACAAAUUAACAACAGACGAUUUUCAACCUCAGCAAAUUCACAUUGCCAUAGGAGAAACAAGCCAAGAUAUAGUGGUCACCUGGACAACACCAAAUGAAACACCGGCAUCUGUUGUUGAAUUUGGGACACAAGACCUCACCACCUCAACACAGGGCAGCAGUGUAAUUUUUACUGAUGGAGGGGAUGAACACCGUCAAAUGUGGAUACAUAGAGUGACCCUGAAGGAUCUUCUGCCAGAUACUGUAUACUGGUAUCACUGUGGAAGUACUCUUGGCUGGUCUGAGGUUUUUUUAUUCAAAACCUGGAAGAAUGGUACUGACUGGCCAGUCUCUGUUGCCAUGUAUGGGGACAUGGGUGCAGUCAAUCCACAGUCACUUUCCAGGCUGCAGGAGGACACUCAGAGGGGAAUGUAUGAUGCUGUGAUCCAUGUUGGGGACUUUGCUUAUGACAUGGAUUCAAACAAUGCUGAAGUUGGAGACGAGUUCAUGCGACAGAUUCAACCAAUUGCUGCCUAUGUGCCAUACAUGACCUGCCCGGGUAACCAUGAACAGAAAUACAACUUCAGCAACUACCGAGCAAGGUUCAGCAUGCCCAACUAUCAAGACACAGAGAGUUUGUUUUUCAGCUGGAAUAUGGGUCCAGUACAUUUUAUUUCUGUCAACACUGAGGCUUACUACUUCCUUGAGUAUGGAAUAAAGCCUCUCUCUCGGCAGUAUGCCUGGCUUAUCAGUGAUUUGGAGGAAGCAACAAAGCCUGAGGUCCGUGCUGUACGCCCUUGGAUUAUAUUGUUUGGGCACCGUCCUAUGUACUGUUCCAAUUCUGAUCAUGAUGACUGCACCAGGGUCCAAUGUCUCACUCGUGUUGGUUUACCACUAAUACACACAUAUGCAAUGGAGGAACUUCUUGACAAGUAUGGGGUAGAUUUGGCUGUGUGGGCACAUGAACACUCAUAUGAGAGGUUGUGGCCAAUGUACAACUUCACUGUCAUGAAUGGUUCAACAACUGAGCCAUACACUAACCCAAUGGCACCAGUACACAUCACAACAGGAUCAGCAGGCUGUGACGAGAUCCAUGAUCACUUCUUGCCGGCACAACCUUCUUGGACAGCUUACCGUUCCAUUGAUUAUGGCUUUACUCGUGUCAAGGUGUUCAACAACACACACUUGAACUGGGAGCAAGUUUCUGAUGAUCUUAAUGGGAAAAUAAUCGACAGUGUGUGGUUGGUGAGGGACAGGCAUGAGUCAUACAAGAAACUUCGACAUGAGGAUAUUUAGACACCUCCAGUGUUGCUUCAGCUACCAAGGUGGAAUUUAUAGAUAUACUGUAUCAGUACAGGUAUUGUGCUCCUCCUUGCCAGACCUCUCCACUUCUGCUUCAUCAUCUGAGGAGAUUAUGAUAUCAGUAUAAUUCCUGUAAUUGUUUAUUGUAUGGUUUAGCUGAUUUGAGAAUUAUAGCAACUUCAGAUAACUUUUGGGAAUUUGUGUUUUGCAAUCAUAUUGGAUUUCAUCAAAAAUCUUUAAAAUUUAAUAGAUGAUUUGUCAUCUCUGAUAUAUACAGUACUUGUAUCAAUGUCUUUGAAUUUCUAGAUAUUCUCAGUGUAUUCACUCUGAGAUGGAGUUUAUAUAUUUGUCCAGCUCUCAGUUUCAUAGAAAUAUCCAUUUUAUUUUUGUUAUAUUGGGGCUACAGUUAUUUAUAUUACUGUACUGUAGUUGUCACAUUUUAAUUAUUUCUGUUUUUUCUAAAUACAGUAUGGAGCAAGAAGGUGUUUUCUCUAAUUUUCUCCCUCUCCUCUUCUCCUCUCUUCCUUUUUCUUUACAACUACCAUCUCCUUAUUUUCCUUUCUCUCUUUUUUGCAUCUCCUGUAGAAGCUCUCUUAAUUUCAUACCCAACCCAAUUCUUUGUGCUCAUAAUCAGUCUCUCUCAUAUACUGUACUCCAUUUCAUAAUUUACUUACUCUGUUUUAAUAUUGGGGGCAUUAUUGAACUUAUUGCAUGAGUAGUGAAGAUAUAGUACAGUGUACAGGGUGUUGGGGUUUAUACAGGGAUACUGAGGGAAUUUUUAUUGGUUGCUCCUUUGCUGCUUUUCUCAUACAUUUUAUUUCACCAUUUUGUCUUUUUUUGUAGUUCUAUCUUGAAACUUUUUAUUUUAUUGUAUUUUUGUUCUUAACUAGCAUACAGCAAUAAUAUUUAUUAUAUUAGCAUAUCUUAUCCAGCUCAUUACUUUUUGGUUUGCAAGUAUUGUACGUACAAGUUUUGUAUAUUAUCUAGUACAUUACUUAUUCUAUUAUGGCAUUUAUAUAGCACACUACAGUAGAGUCUCAGAGUUAACGAGGGUUGUGUUCCUAGGAUAUCUGCGUAAGUGCGAAUUCAUGUACUGUAUAUAUUAUUUGGGUCCUCCCUGAUUAUAUACGUAUAACCCCUUUUUUGUAUUCAAGUAACCAGUGAACAACUACAAAGUUCAAUACACCAUUCCAUAGUGAGUGCAAUAUCUUGACUUUUUCUUCAAAAGUUCUCACAGUAAUGCACUUUUUUAUUUUUCUCAGUCACCACCUCGAGCACUACCAAUAAUUUUCCUCUUAAGGGCCAUGAUUGCUGUAAUAUUCACCAGUAAAGAAAAAUUUAACAAGCGCGAAGGCCUGGGAAAUGAUCACGGAACCAGUGUGGAGAGAAAAGAAGAGCUUGGCAAUAAUUUAACCUACAGUACCAUACAAAUACCCUAAAUGUACAAAUGAACACAAAUAUUAUACCUCCGGUACCAUUUGAACACUUUGAAAAUGUACAAACAAACAUUCAAACCAUCCUCUGGGUGGUGCAACACAAUUCAGCUGGGCUAACUAAGAGACACUUUUGUGGCUGCUGCUGUGCUGCACUGUGUGUAUGCUGUGAUGCCACUUAAGGGGAGGGAAAAUGUGGCGAGUCGGCGACACCAUUACAGCUCACUGCUACAAUACAUACGUUCAUUUCCCACACAUACACACCCAUGCUCUUCAUUUGUCUUAUAUAUAGUUUUAUAUUAUAUUUUCUUUUAUUUACAAACCUCAUUGAAGUAUUGUAAUGAUUUGAUUCGAUUUUUUUUCUCAACAAGCAUGGACAAGUGAUAAACACGCUGAGCUAGUGAGAGAUGCUGGGUGGGUUGGCUCACGUGAGAGCGAGACUCAAGUGUAAGGGCGGGUUCAGAAGGUCAGACGCAUAUAAUUGGGGGACGCGUACUAUGGAUAUUCAUACUCUGCAAUCCCAUUGUACUUGGUAUUUGAAUAACUAAAUACUGAAUAGAUGUGUAUGUGUGUGUGUGUGUGAACCUAUUUUGUUUUUGACAUCAUGACUACAAGUGUAGCAGGUUUUGAGUAUGAAUGUGAGAAUAACAUACAUGGGGUAUCAUCGGUAUAACAAGGCCGCCCAUUUUAUCUCACUUUGUCAAGUCCAUUGCAUCAUGUCAAUGAGCUAAAAAUUAAAAAGGGAGGAAAACAGGAUUACUGUAGAUGGCAAAACUGUGAACUAAAAAUAUUUUAUAAAUGAAUUUUAUUUGACCACUGUAUGGUUGUAUACACCUGUGUUAGCUCAAUUUUAGGUUAUGGAAGUGUUAGUCUAAGGCUGUGAGCGACAUCUUUCUUGUCGGGUCCAAACACCUGGACCACACCAGAUGAUAUUCAGGGUAAGUUAGUUCAGACUCAUUCCUGUGACUCAGUCUCACCAUAUGGGUGCAAACUUUUGUUCGUGGCUGUAUGUGAAUGAAAAAUUUUGCUCUACCAAGUUUAUGAUUGAUUUAGCAUUAGUUUUAAAGAAUGGAGAAAGAUCAUAGAUGUAAAGAGUACACUAUGAGCCUCAUUGGUUGUGUAUACAAUGAAAGUAAGAAGGCUGAAAAACACUACCAAUUUAUAAAACUCAGAGCAACAUGUAAGAAAUUAAAGUACAGUACUGUACAUACUCAGGUGAGAUUGAGUCAUUACAUAAAACAUUUGAACAUGUACUGUACCUGCGAGUUUUGGAAAGAUUGUGAAUGUGGCAUCCUAUACUGGAUGUGAGAAUUAAUUUUCAGUACACUGUAAAUGCACAAUACCGUAUUGUGUAUUUACACUAUUUUAUUUUAUUGUAUUAUAUGCUUCAUACAACAUGAUGCAAUCCACUACAGUUUCUAUUGCUGUUUGCAUGUACAGUAUAGUUUUAUCACUUUAUCUUCAUUCAUAGAACUCUAGUACUCAGGAUCAUCGAUGUAUUCCAGUGGUAGAUUUUAUUGUACAAUACUCAGAGGGCAGGUCAUCUUCCUUUGGGAAUAAAUUUAUUGCAUAAAGGGGAUAAGGUCAUCAUCCUCAAGGGGUUGAUUUCAAUAUUAAUCCAAGACAUGGUGAUAUUUGUAUAAAGUACAGUACAGUACUGUAUGUACAUUAUUAUAUUAUGGUAGCAAUGUUGUGUACUGUAUUAGGUAUGUGUCUCCUUUUAAGACCAAACAAACUACUGUGUGUUAUUUCAGUACAAUAUGCUAACUGACCUUGCAAUGGAGAGGUAACUUUUAGGGUUUUCCCAUUAAAAGAAGGUUACACUUGUAUCCUGUGCCUUUUUCCAGUACAGUAAUUGGAAACCAGGAAAUCCUGUAAGUUUAGGGCUGCUAUAGAUUGAUAUUUUUAUAACACAGUAUCAGAAUAUACUUAAGUGGUAUGUUAAGCAUUUAUAACUCUAGCCAGUAAAGGAAAUACAUAAUGUAAAAAGAUAAAUCCUAACCUUCAGAAUUUUUUUUACUCUGACUGAAACCACAAGGACAGUAAAUUUUUUCUUGUACUGUAUUUUUAUUCAUACAUUUAAUACUGUGAAGAUAAUUAUUAUGGCACUGUAUUAGGUACAGUAUUUAAAAUCAGUAUAGCAUAAUACAAUACUGUAUAUGUAAUGUGUGCACAAAUUGGAAAUAUUAAAGCUGAAUUAUCUUAGAAGUCUAUUAAAGAAUGUCUGUACAACUCUCAUUGUGAAUAUUGCUUAUUAAAUCAAAUACCUUUUGGGAAUGUAAAUGGAAUUAUGGUUCAUUGGUUCUACAGUACGGUAUCUCUAAAAUGGAAUUGACUUUACUUAUUUUAAACUGGGAAGUGACAUCUUGGCAAUAAUCUGGCAAUACAUGUACUAGAUAGUAUUUGCAUUUGUGAGACGAUUAUGUUCUUCUUUCCAUUACUUGUGCUGUAUGUAUUUGGGAUUCUAAGUUCUACUGUAUACAGGAUUUUUCUAAGUAUAUUAUUCUUACUCGGAUUUUACUUUUCAGUUCUUGCAAACAUUGUAAGAUGUAUUUUUUGCUUUGGUAUUUACAGGAAGAUUUGUACAGUGAUAAUAUGAUGAAUACUGAAACAUAUAACUGUGUAAUAUUAUAAACUUCAUUUGAAUUUGAUAUUUCUGACAGUAUUUAUGUCUUUGUUUAUCAUAGACAAGUUUCCCUGUAAUUAAUUCUUGAGUACUGUAUUCAUUUUUAUUGUACAGUAUUGUACAAUGAUUUAAUAAUUAUAAUUAUUGAAGAAGAAAAUGAACAGAAAAUCAAUCAUAUGAUCAUUACCAAAAGUUUUAUGAAAUAAAAUGUAAGAUUGGGAA